UUUUUUUUUUUUUUUUUUGGUUGCGGUUGCAGUUUGGCCGGGGCCUGGUUUGAACCCGCCACCGUCGGUAUAUGGGGCCGGCCCCUUACUCACUGAGCCACAGACACCGCCCCGGGGGCCAAGUGGUUUCCAGAGCGACCCAGAGGGAAUGGUUGGUGCUAUGUGGAAAUCGGUCAUUUUGCUGAUCCUAUCCAGACUCAUUCCCUGUGAUGGACUAUUUCGCUCCAUAUACAGAAGUACCCAGGUUUCCAUGCCACCUCUGGGAGAUUCAGGAAGGGCAGUAUUUCUUACCCCUUAUAUUCAAGAAGGGAAGAUCAAGGAAGAAAGCCUGGUGUAGAGGAAUCUGUAUCCAUGUUUUGCACAGAAGGAAAGCGGCUCAGAGUGAUGAGUGCCUUGCUGGAGAGCUAGUUAGGAUUACAGACCCAGGAAAAGAAGCAAGUUUGGUCACCCUUUCCAUAGAAGAGAAUAUGAACAGUUAUGCCGGCUACAUCACUGUGAACGAGACGUACAACAGCAACCUCUUCUUCUGGUUCUUCCCUGCCGAGGUACAGACAGCAGAUGCCCCAGUGGUUCUGUGGCUACAAGGUGGGCCGGGAGGGUCAUCCAUGUUUGGCCUCUUUGUGGAACAUGGACCUUAUAUUAUCACAAGUAACAUGACCAUGCGAACCAGAGACUUCCCCUGGACCUUCACACUGUCUAUGCUUUACGUCGAUAAUCCAGUGGGCACAGGCUUCAGUUUUACUGAUGACACUCGUGGAUAUGCAGCCAAUGAGGAAGAUGUGGCCCGAGACUUAUAUAGUGCAUUAAUUCAGUUUUUCCAGUUGUUUCCUGAAUAUAAAGAUAAUGAGUUUUAUGCCACUGGGGAGUCUUAUGCAGGGAAAUAUGUGCCUGCCAUCGCACACCUCAUCCACUCCCUCAAUCCCAUGAGGGCACAGAAGAUCAACCUGAAAGGAAUCGCUCUUGGAGAUGCAUAUUCUGAUCCUGAAUCAAUCGUAGGAGGCUAUGCAGAAUUCCUGUACCAGAUUGGCUUGUUGGAUGAGAAGCAGAGAAAGUACUUCCAGGAGCAGUGCGAUGAAUGCGUAGAACACAUCAAGAAGCAGAAUUGGUUUCAGGCCUUUGCAAUCCUGGAUAAACUACUAGAUGGUGACUUAACAAGUGAUCCUUCUUACUUCCAGAAUGUUACAGGAUGUAUUAACUACUAUAACCUUUUGCAGUGCAUGGAACCUGAGGACCAAGGUUACUACGCAAAAUUUUUAUCACUUCCAGAAGUGAGACAGGCCAUCCACGUGGGAAACCGAACUUUUAAUGAUGGUGCUAUAGUUGAAAAGUAUUUGCGAGAUGAUACAGUGCAGUCUGUUAAGCCAUGGUUAGCUGAAAUCAUGAACAAUUACAAGUGCUACAGUCGUCUGAACCUUCAAAGUCAAUCUUUUUACUGGUGGAGUGUCCUGCUUUGAUGCUGAUGACUGCUGGUUAUGGCUGUUCAGAAUAUUCCCUAACAAGACAACAAUGAAGUUUGCAGCAUUGAUUAAAUCUUCCUUUCUUGCAAGACUUCUCUGAGCCUAGAGCAGUGACUCAUAUCCAUAAUCCCAGCACUUUUGGAGGCCAAGGCUCCCAGGAGAAUCACUUGAGGCCAGAAGUUUGAGACCAGCCUCAGCAACUUAACAAGACUUCAACUCUACACAUUUUUUUUUUUAAUUAGCUAUACUGCACUCCAUCCUGUGUGUUAGAGCAAUUCCCUGUCUCUUUUUUGUUAUUGUUGUUGUUGUUGCUUAUAAUCUUUAAUUUUGUUAAACAUUUAUAUAUAUGUAUACAUAAACACACAUAAUCAUGCUACACAUAUGUUCUGUAACCUAUUUUAUUCAAUAAUAUAUAAUGAACAUGUUUUCAUGCAAGCAUUGUUCUGAAAGUUUCCAACUUUUCUAUAUUUUUUCAGUUUUUUCUUAAGUCAUAUACACAUAGAUCAUGAAUACAUUUACGCAUAUGUGGGGUACAAUGUGUGAUUUUUUAAUAUAAUCUGACAUGAUUACAUCAAACCAAUCAAUAUAGCUUUUGCCUCAUUUACUUGAUUAUUGUGUUAAGACAUUUAUGUUCUACAAAUGACAGAUUUGACUUGUACCCUUGCAAUAUGGUCCAUAGGUGUGGUCCUGUCGUUUACUCUCCCUGUAUAUUUUUUUAAUUUUUAUUUCAGAUUAAUAUGAGGAGAAAGGACUCUACUACAAUUUGAACUUUAUUUUAGAAAUUCAAACAGUGUAGACUAAUCAUUUGUACCCUUGUAUUAAUCUGAAUUCCUUGUCUCCCUGUCUCUUAAAAAAAAAAAAAUUCUCCAUAGCAUGCAAUACUGUUGGAUAACAUUUUACCUACAGUAAAACUUCAUUCAGAAUUGGAGUCAAUUGUCUCAAACCCUGCUGCUACUUUAUCAACUAGUUUAUGUAAUAUUCAAAAUGCUUUCUUAUCACUUCAAUAAUGUUCACAGAAUCUUCACCAGAAAUAUAUUCCAUAAGUGAUUCUCAAAAAAUCACUUUCUUUUUUUUUUUUUGAUUAAAGAUCUGAAGAGAAUUUAUUAUAGUGAUGACACAAUUGACAAGGAAAUUUGAUUAUUUCUGUUUCAUACAACAUUCUAAUGUAAUAACAAAUUAUGGGUGGUAACGUAUCAGAUUGCUAGGAAUUUCUUUUUUUUUUUAUUUAUUAAGGAAAUCACUUUCAUUGUGCCAUAAGAAGCAACUCCUCAUUUAUUCAAGUUUUAUCGUAAGAUUAUAGCAAUUCAAUCACAUCUUCAGGCUCCACUCCUAAUUGUAGUUCUCUUGUUACUUCCACCACAUCUCCAGUGACUUCCUCCACUGAAGUCCUGAAGCCCUCAAAUUCAUCUAUGAGGGCUGGAAUCAACUUCUUCCAAAUUCCUGCUAAUGUUGAU